GAACGCCGGCGUCCCCGUCCAGAGCGUCAUUGGUCCUCGGGAGGGAGGGCGGGGCACGUUCCGCCGGAAACCUGCGCCGUCAGAGCGGAAGUACGGCCGGAAGCCGGCCAUAGAGUUCAGGGGCCAGAGCGGCUCUGAAGGGAGGUGGCAGGAAAGGCUCUGAACAGCUGCCGGAGGUGACGGAGCGGCGGCCCCGCCCGGUGCGCUGGAGGACGACGCUUCCAGCUCCAGCCAUCCCAGCCCAGGCCCCUCCAACCCAGUGCGGCCAUGAGCGCGGAAGUGAAGGUGACAGGGCAGAACCAGGAGCAGUUUCUGCUCCUGGCCAAGUCGGCCAAGGGGGCAGCGCUGGCCACUCUCAUCCACCAGGUGCUGGAGGCCCCUGGAGUCUACGUGUUCGGAGAACUGCUGGAUAUGCCCAAUGUUAGAGAGCUAGCUGAGAGUGACUUCGCUUCCACGUUCCGGCUGCUCACGGUGUUUGCUUACGGGACAUAUGCCGACUACUUAGCUGAAGCCCGGAAUCUUCCUCCACUCACGGAGGCUCAGAAGAAUAAGCUUCGACACCUGUCAGUCGUCACCCUGGCUGCCAAAGUGAAGUGCAUCCCGUACGCAGUGCUGCUGGAGGCCCUCGCCCUGCGAAAUGUGCGGCAGCUGGAGGACCUCGUGAUCGAGGCCGUGUAUGCCGACGUGCUCCGCGGCUCCCUGGACCAGCGCAAUCAGCGACUGGAGGUGGACUACAGCAUUGGGCGGGACAUCCAGCGCCAGGACCUCAGUGCCAUCGCCCGAACCCUGCAGGAGUGGUGUGUGGGCUGCGAGGCGGUGCUGUCAGGCAUCGAGGAGCAGGUGAGCCGGGCCAACCAGCACAAGGAGCAGCAGCUGGGCCUGAAGCAGCAGAUCGAGAGCGAGGUGGCCAACCUGAAGAAAACCAUCAAAGUCACAACAGCCGCGGCAGCCGCAGCCACGUCUCAGGAUCCCGAGCAACACCUGACUGAGCUGAGGGAGCCCGCUCCCGGCACCAACCAGCGCCAGCCCAGCAAGAAAGCCUCGAAGGGCAAGGGACUCCGAGGGAGUGCCAAGAUUUGGUCCAAGUCGAACUGAAGGGACUGUCGGUUCUUCCCUGGGGACGUGGGGCCCCAGCUGCCUGCCUGCCUCUUGGGAGCCCUCAGAGAGCCUUCCUGUGCCCCUGGCCAGCUGAUACUCCUCGGUUCUUGGCCCUCCCCUCCCCUGCCCCCAAGCGCAGAUCACCCUUCUCUAGGGAGGAGGCAAGUACAGGCCGCGUUUCGGUUGGUCCUUUUUGUUGUUCGUGGCUUCCUCGUGUGCCCCAUGGCUUCCGCCUCCCUGCCACGCCCCCCCCCUUUCUUCGCAAUUUCAGCAUCUGUCCCUGUUGGCAGAGCCCCGACGGUUGCUCUGCCUCCAGCAUAAGCCACAGGUGUCCUCUCUCCUGCCAGCCCUGUCGCUGCAUGCCGAAUCCCAGCUCCCACUCCCAUCCCCACCCACCGGGCAGCGGCUAGACAGUCAGAGUGCCCUCGCCUUGUUCCCACCCUGGGAGUUCUGGGAGCCAGUCUGCCGUUCCCAGAGUCACUGGACUCUUCCAUCCUGGAGUCCUGUUGCACUACACAUGUUCCUUUCUUCUCUGCCCUUUGGGUCUUGGGGAUGCUGCUGCUCCCGUAACUCCAGAGCCUGAGAAGGGCAGCUGUCUCAUAAGAUGUCGAGAGAGGCUUCUUUCUUGGCCCCGACUGUCUUAGGCGGCUUGAUGGCAGUCCGGAAGGGUUUGCGUUUCCUUUUGUGAGUCUGGGGGAAGGGAAGGGGAUAGAUCGUAUUUAAAAAAAAAGAUAUAUAUGCAUAUAUCUAUAUAUAACAUGACACAGAAAUAAAUCUAUGAGAAGUCUACCUGUAGACAUGACCCUGAA